GAUCGAGUGACUGGGAAAGAGCGUCUGUGCGAAAGGGCUCGAUCCCAACUUCACGCCAUGUGGGCAGCAAAGACCGCGGGGAAAGUGAAAGUGAAUGAAAGGGGGGAUAUACCUCAGCCCACUAUAGUUCGACCCAACCACUCGCUUAAGACCCUGAAAUCCAGUUCACAUGUGUCUCCAUGCGUCCUUAGGACGGAGUCGAGGGCCGAGAACCUACCAGAAAAGAAAGGGUCUAAUCUCGCAUCUCGUGUGUCGAAGUGUGUCUAAUCCCCAUGGGGUCUUCUCUCGUCCGGCUGUUCGGCCCGUGGCCCGUCUGUCACGCAAAGCACCACCAAACUCCCCAAGAAACUACCCAAUAUGGCUCAAUCUUGCCCCAACCAACCUUUUUUUCAAUCCAAUAUCUCGCGAGAUGGCAAAUGGCAAAUGGCAAAACCAACGAUCGUGUUUCCCUGCGGCAGUCCGGCCCAGACUGCCACUGCACACACACCCUCUCUUGCCAUUCGGGCAUCCCCAGCUUCCCCGGAUUCAUCUAAUCCCGUUUGGAUACGGGGUCUCAUCCUUGCUGCAAUUAGCCCGCCACUCAGCCUAUUCUUUGCGAGUCCCUGUCCCUGUCCUAUCACAGCGCCUCAUCCCCAGGUAAUUUUCCGCGGCAUCUGGUGACAGGAAGGGACUAUAGUCAGACAUGCAGCAAUACCCAGUCUUACCAUGCCAUGCCACCACCCCUCGCCCGCCCGCCAGCCCGCCCUCGCUUCAAUUUUCGAUGGUAUAUAUGAGCUCCUUGAUUUCCGCUCGAGAGU